AUGUUGGAAAUAGAAGGGCACCCUGGGCUUAUUAAAACAAUUAAUGAUGGAGAAGAAAUUGAAGACUAUUCUGAAGAUUCAGAUGUGGAAGUGGAGUACCAACCAUCAAAGCAAAAAAUAAAACGCAAAGCAGAUUUUGACCCUUCAUUUCAGUUUGUUGGUUCAGUCGAGGAAUAUAAUAAGGAUCCUUGGGAUGACUUACAAAAGUAUGUCAAGAGAAAUGUAAAACUAACAUUGGAUGAAAAGAUUGCUAAGAGGAGGCUCCAAACCCAGGUCAAUGGAAAUGCGGAUGCAGAUACUGAUUCAGAGCCAGAAGAUAAAAAUGUAGAUGAAUUAGAAAUAUCAGAUGAUGAAUUAAAAAGAGAUGAAAUAAAGGUCAAAGAGAAGAAGUUAAAUAAGAAGCAAAAGUUGAAACAGGAAUUGGAAGAAACUGACCCACAGGCACCUCGUGUAGAAUAUGAUGAGGAUUUCUUCGAAGAACCUCCACUAUAUGAUGAGAAUGCAUCAUUUUAUAUGAUGAACCUUUCAAGACCACUGCUGAAAGCGAUAGGCACCCUUAAUUAUAUUCAUCCCACUCCUAUACAAGCAGCCACCAUACCUAUAGGGCUCUUAGGCAAAGAUAUAUGCGCGUGCGCAGCAACGGGUACGGGUAAAACAGCAGCAUACAUGCUGCCGAUUCUCGAGCGACUAUUAUACAAAACUGUCGGGGAUAGAAUUACUAGAGUGCUUGUACUGGUGCCAACUCGAGAACUGGGUGCCCAAGACUUAUUAUGUAUGAAAAGUCGAGAUGUUCAUGCAGUAACAAGACAGCUGGCUCAAUUUACUUCAGUGACUGUUGGUCUGUCUGUUGGAGGGUUGGAUGUUAAAUACCAGGAAAGCGUUCUCCGUCGCAACCCAGAUAUUGUGAUAGCGACGCCAGGUCGUCUCAUAGACCACAUAAGGAAUACACCUUCUUUUGGAUUACACUGCAUUGAGGUUCUUGUACUGGAUGAAGCUGAUAGAAUGUUGGACGAAUACUUCGCUGAGCAAAUGAAGGAGAUCAUAAGGCAAUGUUCACCGAAGCGUCAAACUAUGCUGUUCUCGGCCACUAUGAGUGAUGAAGUCAAAGACCUGGCAGCGGUUUCACUAAACAAACCCGUAAAACUCUUCCUUGACUCCAAUAAGGACGUUGCUUUCAAUUUAAGACAAGAGUUUGUAAGGAUACGUAAAGAACGUGAGUCGGACCGCGAAGCGAUUCUUGCGGCGCUUGUGUGUCGAACGUUCAGAGAUCGUGCCGUUAUUUUUGUACAAACAAAGAAACAGGCGCACCGACUGCACGUCGCGUUAGGAUUACUUGGUAUCAAGGUAGCAGAACUACAUGGUGCUCUAAACCAGCCGCAGCGUUUAGACUCGCUAAAACGGUUCAAGGAUGAACAAGUAGAUGUCCUAGUGGCUACUGAUGUCGCAGCGAGAGGUUUGGACAUACCGGGAGUCAAAACUGUCAUUAACUUUACUUUACCAGCUACUUUGGAACACUACAUCCAUAGGGUCGGCAGAACAGCCCGAGCGGGUCGCGCAGGUGUGUCCGUGUCGCUAGCAGGUGAAGGGGAACGUGUACUCGUUAAAGCGAUAGUAAAAAGAGCCAAGCGCCCGGUAAAAUCACGCCAAGUACCACCUGACAUAGUAGCCAAGUAUCGGGAGAAGAUGGCCAAGUUGGAACCAGAAAUUGGGGCCAUCCUAAACGAGGAAUACGCAGAAAAGCAAUUAAAGAAAAUGGAAAAACAGACGGAAAAGUUGGAAGGUGCCAUGAAAAAGAAGGAAGAUGGACCACAGGUGGAGUCAAAAAGGAGCAGAGAGUGGUUCCAGACUUCUAAGGAGAAACGUCAAGAGAAGGAACGGUUAACUUUGGCUAGGCAUCAAGGCAAAGAUGCACAAAAAGGCAAGAAACGCCGAAGGGAUGACGAUUCAGACGACGACGCACCCAAAAAGAAAAAGAAGCAAACCAAGCACGCUCCAAAGGAUUCGGCUGAGGAACGGGUCAGGCGGGAAAUGGAAAAGGUUGCUCUACUACAAUCACGACUGGCGAAGGGCAAGAAAAAACAACGCAGGAUUCGUGCAGUUGAAGAGGAUGACGACAGACCGACACAACGCAAAAAUACAGGAAUGAAACCCAAGAAAAAGCUGACCAACUUUACUAAUGACUUGACUGAUACAUCUAAGUCUUCAACUAAACGGCUACGUUAUGACGCAAAUAGAGUCCAAAAGGGCAAACCUCUUCAAAGGCCUAUGCAGAAGGGAAAAGGAAAACCUAAUAAAGGAAAUAAUAAAUCGAAAGGCAAAACUUUUGGCAAACCAAAAGUUGGAAAAAGAUAA